UGCUUCGUCGCCGGUCUCUGCCUCCUCUGCCUCCUCCGUCUGUGUCGCCCGGCCGCCUUGGCUCCGCCGUGUGGCGUGCCUCUCCUGCGUCUCUGUCGUCCGUCGUGGCUCCACUGCGUCUGUCUCUGUCGUCCGGAGCUCUGCGUGCGGCCUCCUCUCCAAUACGGGCAACUCUCCUCUGAAUGCCUGUAACUGAAAACAAUGCCAAUCUGAAGACAUGCUUUUUUUCAUGUUCUCUUCAAGGAUUAUCAUGAAAAACUUUUUCUGUUUUGAAUAAAUGAUUCGAUGUCGAGCUUUUCUGUUUUGAAUAAACGAUUCCGUGUCUUCUCCCAUUCCAAGAUUUUUCCCAUUCCCUUGGUUUCCCAUAUUCUAGGGUUUACUUUCGAUUUCCAAUCCUAAUCUAUUGUUCCCCCAUUCUCAUUCUUUCGUUUUAAAACCCGCCCAAUUUCUCAACUUAGGUUUCCAUCUUCCAAUUCUUUUUGAGUUGAAGAAAAAAAAUGCCGGCAUUUUUGUUCACUGCAAAGGCACUCUGCUCCUUAGCGUCACGCAGAAGCGGCGUAGCUCAAUUGAUUAGGAGGAGAGGCAGCAACAAAUUCGACGGCUGUCGGUGCCUUACCUCCAUCGCUGGCGGUGCCACCAAUCAGAUUCAGUCCCUUGGAUGCCGCGUUGCAGGUUUCCCGUUUACGGGAGCGUUGAAUAACAGCAAUGCUGCUGUCCAAACGAGGCACUUUCUUGGAUGUGGGGAUGGUGAAGAAGGUGUUCUCUCCAAAAUAUACGAGGAGAAGCGCGUUUUGGGGUAUUCGCCAGAGCAAUUAUUUGAUGUUGUUGCAGCUGUUGACUUCUACCAUGGGUUUGUCCCCUGGUGUCAAAAGUCGGAGAUACUUAGGCACUAUCCAAAUGGAUCAUUUGAUGCUGAGUUGGAGAUUGGAUUUAAAUUUCUUGUUGAAAGUUAUGUCUCUCAUGUUGAAUUGGAGAGACCAAAGCGUAUAAAGACAACUGUUUCACAGAGUACCUUGUUUGAUCAUUUGAUAAACAUAUGGGAAUUCAAUCCAGGCCCAGUUCCAGGGACUUGCAAUCUUUAUUUUCUGGUGGAUUUUAAGUUUCAGUCACCACUUUAUAGACAGAUUGCAUCUAUGUUCUUCAAGGAGGUAGCCUCUAGGAUGGUUGGUUCAUUUACUGAGCGUUGCCGUUUGAUAUAUGGACCAGAAGUGCAGGUCUAUGAAAGGUCAUAAUUUAAUUGGUUUGGAUAUCAGUUUCUUGCCUUGAACAGGGCUAAGGUCAAUUUACAGGUUCAACAUUAAUUGGGAAAGUUUUUGAUUGUGCCACCCAAUGCUGAAUGAAUUCAAUUGAUUGUUUCUCUUUUUAAUACCAGGUGAUAUUUGUAAUAUGUAGAUGAAUUCUACAAUACACCCGGUACAAUCUUGAAAAUGACCUGAAUUUAACGUGAAUUUUUUCCCCCUAAAAAAAGUGACCUAGAGUGGAAAAAAGCUAUCGCAUAUCCUUUCUUGGUUUAUGUGAAAUGGACAUAUAUAUUUCUUCCAAUGCAACACAUACACGUUAUCGUAUUACUAGCAACUGAAUAACAUUCACAAGCACUGUAGACCUGUACUAUUAUUUAAAUCUAUAUGCAGUGAAAGGUUUCGAUCCAAUAUAUACAAACGAGAUGAACAGGGUUUACAAGAAAAAAAAAUAUUUAUUAAAACCCUCUGAAGGGUCUACGAGAAAUUGAGGAACCCUGCACAAAAGGCGAAGGUAUGUUCUAUUUCUACCCAUGUCUUUGAACUCUACACCUGAGAUCUUGCAAGCAAGUGUUCCAUUUAAGUGAAAUACAAUCACAUGGCUAAAAUAUUUUAUUUGUGGUCUACAAAAUUAUGUUUAAAGAACUUAUGUCAUGUAGAACCAAUUUUUUAUGAGAAUGAUCCCUUCCCAUGAAGUUAACACAAUAUCUUGGGGCUCGAGAUGAAUACUUGAGGAUGGCUGUGACAAUCUUUUCUUGCACAAUUUGGCAAAACCUUGCUCUAUAUAUUUGCAGCUUCUACAAGAGGUGGGGUAGAAAUCUAUUACCACCAAAGAUCCUGUUCCUUUAGCCUUGUCGAGAAUCCUGCAGAACUCUUCAUCCAUCGCAAAUUCCCUUACACAAUCAACAGGACAUGGGUCCUCUCCUGUUCUACUUCAAGGGCAUAACGUGUGCCUCAUCUUUUUUAAAAGCCUAAUUUUUGUGUCACCAAGACAAAGUUUGUCACGAUGGUGCCUUGAAAACAAGCUGAAAACCACAUGGGAAAUCCUAGAAUCAGCUGGUUCCUUCAAGUGCUGUCUGAAAUAGGCAAAGGAAUAGGUAUGCAAAUUAUCCUGCCUGGGAUUUACAACUUGUUGCAUCUUUUACUUGUAUGGCUUGUGAUCAAAAUUUUGUAAUCUUUGCUGCUAGUUAUUGGUAUCUCUUAGAAAGGGCUAAUGGAGUUGAGCUUAAGCGUACAUGACUUUUAAACAAUAACAUAUCACUGCUUAAGAAGCAUUCAUACAAAAAUGAGGCCAAAAAAUUGGUACCUAUCAGGGGGACAAGAAUAAAAAGCACCGACUCACUGGUGCUUGGAGUAUAGGUGCCUUUGACACCCUUGUGACAGGAAUCGUAACAAUUCAGUUAAAAUGCUUUAUGAGCAGCUACCUCUCAUGUGGCCAUGUACUUUGCUCAAUGCAUUUAGAUUAGUUAUUGCAGUGUAAAUUGGUGAUUUACUCUGCUAUAUGAUUCAGAUGGAUGAUGGAGAAGAAUUACUUCAUUAGGAUGGAUAUAACAUGAUGUAACAUAUUAUCCGGAAUUCAUCACGACGCCACAUUCUUGGGUAUCUGUGGAUGUUCAACCUUAGGCAAGAUCUCGGAGGUGACCUUGUCAUAUGACUAUAUGAGACAUGGUUGAGAUGGUUUGGAUUGCCGUUGCCGUUCACAGACAUGUUACUUCCUGAGCUAUCGAAUUCUUCCCAAGUACAUUGGCCCAGAAUUAGAUACACAAACCACACAGGCCCAUGUUAACAAGCAAUGGAUUUGGUAGAACUUUUGCAUAAUGUAAAGCAGCUCCUGAUUAACACAAUAUGAAUAUUAUUUUUUUUUUAAUUUCAGAAUAAGAAACUGAAGAUAGUGAUAA